AUGGCAGCUCCUGUUCUACUCGCAGGCCUACACGUGCGGCUCCUUCAAGCUGGAUUUGGUCAGAGCGCAGGUGUCCCAGCCACGUUAGUCGGCAUGGAAUUGAGCUCGGAUGGUGGUGCUGGAGCAUACUUCGUGCGCGAGUGCCAGAGCGAUAGCCUUCAAGAGGAACCCGUCCAGCGCGUGAGCCCCAACAGGGUCGAAUUGCCUCCUGGCUCCGUUGUCUGCCUGGGCGGCCUCAGUGCAGGGCCCUCUCGGCUGCGGCCUCUCGAAGGGCGCCGGGCCACGCUGCGCGGGUCCUUGCCCGACGGCCGGCGGCUGCUGGCGGUCGAGGGCGAGUCGGCUUUUGUCCGCCUCCUGCCGCGCCAGCUGCUCCCGUAG